UGGGAAUUUUUAUCGGUGCAGUGAGUUUUGUCACCGUGUGCGUGAGAAAGAAGGAAGCGUGUGCGAGCAAGAAUGGUUAUUUGUUAAAAGAAAAGUAUAAACUAACUUAUUUUGCACUUUAUAAUUUUUGAGGCAGCUUUGAGAAGCAAACUCAAACACUCCGGGAGAAAAAUUCCAACUGUCACUAUGGUUGCCACCAGCACGUUAAAGACCAAAAACAGUGAUUGUGUGUCGGAGUUGGUUGAACGAAGAUAUGACCAGGUUUGCAUUGAAAAAGAGCUGGAUUUCUGGGAUCACUGCCUGGCUGAGCCACAGAGGACGGCGGAUGUCGCAGAGGACGGAACCUGUCACCAGCUGGCCAAAAUGUUUGAAAGCUGCCUGUCCCGUGCCAAGAAAACAACGCUGCACUGCUCCUUCGUCCUGGUUCCAGAGAAGCUGACGCGUAGGAUAGCCCGCGAGGUGCUGCGCCUGGCUUCCUGCGAGCCCUGCGGCCUGCGCGGCUGCGUCCUCUACGUCCACCUGGAGGUGGAGAAAGGCUGCAAGCAGCUGGAGAGGAUCGCCUACGAUGCCACGGUGGUGCCCACCUUUGAGCUGACGCUGGUGUUCAAGCAGGACGGCACGGCUUGGCCCAGCUUGAGGGACUUCCUCUUCAUGGGGUCGUGCUUCGCCCCGACUUUCAGACACGUGCUUAAGCUGAGCUCGGGCUUCCGGCUCGUCAAGAAGAAGCUGUACUCCUCCUCGGCUGGUACCGUGAUUGAGGAGUGCUGAACUUUCGGGGCCAGUGCACCUCUGCCCCUGAUGGGGGUGAUACCCCGCCUCCACCGGCGGUGCCACCUUUCUUAGUGUUUUUGUAAAACAAUUUCAGUUAUUAGCCAGUUAGCUUGAUUUAAAGUCUAAAUGUUUCGUUUUAUUUGAACAUUUAUUGUUCAAGCACCUUUUAUUUGCAAAUGAAUGUUACCUGUUCACAUCAACAUGUUGGAGGGGGGGGGCGUACUUUGGGAACACUUUUUGCUAACGACACUAGCCACUUUGUUAAUGCAUCUGCGCGUUUCCAGAUGCAUGGAAUGUUCAGAAGCGCGGGCUGGCACGUGCGCCGCGUUCGUCUAUGCGGGCUGCGCGUGACGCUGCUUUAGGGGCUGCAGAUGGUUUUUAAGCUUCAUGGAUGCUGCUGUCGUGGUGUGGGCUGCUCACACUCGCCUUAAAUAUCCUGGACGGUCACUUGGAAUGCAGCCACUUUGUGUGAAUGUUUUACUGCGUUUUAUACCACCUCCUCCCCAGAAACCUUUACAGUGCAAAGACCUUUAUUUAUAAUUAAAAGUCUGGUUCAAGCAAACCUGAA